UGGAAGAAAGCAAGUCAUACGUGUUUGGAAUAGCAUAAAGGUGAAUAAAUGACACAGUUUUAAUUUUUGGGUGAACUAACCUUCUAAUCCUUUGCUGAUAUCACAUGCCUUUUGUCAUCCUUUCAACAUGCUAAAAGCGUUAGACAGCUCCAAACUAAGCAGAAGCAACAUCCAAUUGUCUCAGCAGGGUGUGAAAGCGAAUUUGCAGGAAGUGUUUUAUGUGAUAAUGCGGCGGCCUGAAUAGUCAAUGCCCACCUACAUUGAUGCGUUGACAGAGGAUCAUAAAUCGCUCAGUGCUAGUAAAAAAUGCUGAUGUGAUAAACCCCUACGCCCCUUUUCAUCCCUGAACAGCUGAUAAAGUCAGCUCAUUCCAGCUUACAGGUAGGCUUAAAUAAAGGCCAUUCAAAAGGAGAACCGGGAAGGGCUUUGUUUUCAAGCCUUCCAGCGUCAUAUCCUUUCUACAUUAAGUACCAGGAAGUCCGUCUUUAUCUUCCCCACAGGCGGUCAAGAUAUACGCUUCUGCUUUUCCAGUGCCAUGACGCGCUCGCAUUGCUCCCCAGUGGAGCUUGGCAGGAGUUGGUUGAUAUAAUAUGCAAAAAACGUCCCACAUCGUCUUAAACAACUUGGAUUUCGCACAUCCAGCCUUUAUGACUGGUGCUUUUUAUGUUUCAGAUAGCUGCUGGAAUGCCGAGAACUAUAACAGCACCCCCAGGACCGCACAUUUGCAGUUCUGCAUCGUAGGUGGUUGUAUCUCAUUUCGCUGUGAGGGGUCAGAGUCUUUGCAGACCAAGAAAUCCAGUGCUGAAAUUCCCUGUGGCCCUACCACGAUCCUAUCAUCUUCCAGACUUUUGCUUCCUUCCUCUCUGUAUAAUGCUACUUCUUUACUCUGAUCUGGCCUAUAUGAGAAGUCGAGCUCUCAUUGGCAGAAUAAAGCUACGCUGACAUGCUCCAAUACCCCCAGCCAUGCACCACUACGUCUCCACUUGAAAGUGCAUUGGAUAUACACAAGAUUUAAGAAUCUGUUUCAAAGACCAAAGAGUGUUAAAGCUGGUAUGGAGAUUCAGCAUUCAGACGCUUAAUAGGGAAUAACUAUGCAUUAUGGAGAAAAUGCAGCUUUGAAAUGCUUGAAUGAUGAAUAUGGUAGAAGUGUCCCAGAAUGUCUAAUGGAUGUCCUUUUCUAUUCCACAGCUCCACCCAACAACAUCUCAGUCGUGGCAGAGAACACGCCGGCACCUUUCAGCCGCUACCAGGCCCAGAAUCUUACUCUGGUCUGCACUGCCAAAGGAGGCAAACCAGCUCCAUCGGUAUAUUUCAAACGGGAUGGAGAGUUGAUAGAGGUGAUCUCCUAUGUUUCACCCACUGUUGGUUACGAGGGUGGUGGCUCAGCUGGCGUGCGUGGAGCCAGACCUCUGAUCAGCAGAGAUCUGGAUGACACUAAGCUGAGGAAGUCUCUAUCUCUGCUGGGUCCGGAGGGCAGGCCCGGACGCCUCUACACAGAGAGCCCUGGGAGGAGCUACAUGGCCAAACAGCCCGGUCAAGAGCCCAGCCCGGCCACAGAGACCAUCCCAGAGACAGUAGUCAGCCGAGAGUUCCCACGGUGGGUUCAGAGCACAGAACCCCUGUAUUUCUUCAGCAACAUGCAAAUCCCCCAGAGCGAUGGGUCUGUGCUGGUCCAGGCCAAGCUCACCUGGACUCUGAAUCCACAGCUGGAUAAUGACGCCCUGUUUAGCUGCGAGGUCUCCCACCCGGCUCUCUCCAUGCCUAUGCAGACUGAGGUCACACUGGCGGCUCCUAAAGGCCCCAAGCUUUCAAUAACACCUGCCAGGGCAAAGGUAGGGGAUACGGUUCGCAUCACCGUCCAAGGUUUCCAGGUAGGAUCUCCGUUGAAUGAGGUGUUUCCUGAGCCUCUGUUCACCUGGACGCGGGUAGGCAGCAGAUUGCUCGACGACAGUGCUGAGAGAGAUGGGAAGGAACUGGUGUUAGAGCGAGUGCCUGCAGAACUCAAUGGCUCCAUGUACCGCUGCACGGCCCAGAAUCCACUGGGCUCUACUGACACACACAUACGCCUCAUUGUUUUCGAAAACCCGAUGAAAAACACACAGAAUCCGAACAAUGGAGCUCCUGGUUUGCACAAGCUUGGACUGAUAUUCCUGCCACUUAUUCUCACAGUGACUGUUGAACUGACGUGAAUAUCCUCGAUUCAGCUGCACACAAAUACGCCUCCUCUAGAGUCAGGCCCACACACACUCACACACUCACUCACACCUACCUUGCUUUCAUCUGUGGGAGAACCUGAACCCCCGGCAGGGAGCGCACCACCCUUUUUGUGAAACACACACACACACAAA